AUGCGCGUUAUGCUUUAUGAUGCGGUGCCUGAACUUGCCUUAGCUAAUACACAACGACUGAAUUGUGUCGGUGGCAUUCUGGUUGUAUCGGACUUUGUGACAGUUCAUGUCACAGAAACGCCUUUGACUAAAGGUAUAUAUAAUGCAGAGAAGCUUAAGAUGAGGAAGAAAGGCGCGUGCUUUCUGAAUUUAAUCAGAGAUACCAUUGGUGGUUUGGAUGCUUUGGGGGGUUGCUUGCUUGAAGGGCAUCUUGAAUGGGCAGUUGUCGUUGUCCAUCCUGUUGAACUUGAAGGUGCGGAAUAG